UGUUGAAUAAUUAUAUACUAGUAGAGUAGUAGAGGUAGUCAAAGUGCUAUAAUUAAUAUUAAAAUUGAUAUAGAUAGCACUUUUCUUAUUGUUGUGUAUAAUAAUACAUAUAGUUAAUACCAUUAAAUGAGAGCAUCUUCAAUCAUCACUUCAGCACCUUUACUUAAAUUUAGUAGUUUACCUAGUGUCUAAGAAUAAAAUGUUUUUGUAUCAUUACCAACUUUGUGGAAAUUAAAUUAAUGCACUUGAAAAUUAUCAAAUGAGAAGAUUAUUUGAUAUUGUCUCUAAUUCAGGUAAUCUUGAUACUGUCUAUGAACAAUUUAAAAAGUAUAUAGAUUCCCAAGGGGGUCUCUGCUAGAAUUUGGGAUUAUAGAGAUUAUGAAACAUCCCAUUCAAUAAAGUCAAUAACUCAUUUAAAUUAUAUUUAGUUUCUUAACUGGGG